AUGGCUACGCAAAUGCACGCGUUAAACCUUUCCAGGACACACUUUGCGGCCAAUUUAUUAUUAAUUCAUCAGAGCCAUUCUAAAUACAUACGUCGUUCGGUUAAUUCUUAUGUUCGUGGGUUUCAUUACUCGUUAGCUAAUCUAUAUGCGAAUGCUCAACAGACGAAACCAGACUAUGGCAAAACCUUUGAUAAAAUUCUUAUCGCAAAUCGUGGUGAAAUCGCGGUUCGCGUAAUUCGCACGGCCAAAAAAAUGGGCAUUAAAACCGUCGCGAUCUAUUCGGAUGCAGACGCUCGUAGUUUACAUGUUCGAUUAGCUGAUGAAGCCGUUAAUGUGGGACCUCCGCCUACAAAUCAAAGUUAUUUACAUUUACCUGCCAUCUUGGAUGCUAUAAAGAGUACAGGAGCUCAAGCGGUUCAUCCAGGAUAUGGUUUCCUUUCUGAAAACGCACAUUUUGUAAAAGCUCUUGAUGAGCUCGGAAUAACCUUUAUUGGUCCUGGUGAAUAUGCAAUGGGUGCCAUGGGUGAUAAAAUUGAAAGUAAAAUUAUUGCCAAGAAAUCCGGCGUAAAUGUAAUUCCUGGUUUUGAUGGAAUUUGCAAAAAUGAAGAUCAUGCUUUUUCAAUCGCUCGUGAACUCGGAUAUCCAGUGAUGCUAAAAGCUUCUGCUGGAGGUGGUGGUAAGGGUAUGCGAAUAGCAUGGAAUGACGAUCAAAUCAGAGAAGGUUUCAAACUUGCUACACAAGAAUCUAAAUCAAGUUUUGGGGAUGAUCGAUUAUUAGUCGAAAAAUACGUAGAUAAUCCACGUCACAUUGAAAUACAAAUUAUUGCGGAUAAACACGGAAAUUGUCUAUAUCUUCCGGAAAGAGAGUGCUCUAUUCAAAGACGAAAUCAAAAGGUGAUCGAAGAAGCCCCAAGCACCCACUUGGACGAAACAACUCGACAAGCUAUGGGAGAACAAGCUGUCGCUUUAGCGAAGCAUGUAAAUUAUUCAUCAGCUGGAACGGUAGAAUUUCUGGUCGAUUCUCAGCGAAAUUUUUAUUUCCUUGAAAUGAACACUCGUCUCCAAGUCGAACACCCAAUCACCGAAUACAUAACUAGACUAGAUUUAGUAGAGCAAAUGAUACGCGUAGCAGCCAAUCAGAAAUUGUCAUUUAAACAAGAAGACAUAAAUUUCCGCGGAUGGGCAAUAGAAUCACGUGUCUAUGCUGAAGACCCCCAAAAAUAUUUACCGUCGAUUGGACGUCUGAGUAAAUAUAUCGAGCCAGUCAGUCUCACUGAUAAGAACGAAGUUCGUUGCGACUCUGGUGUAAUAGAAGGAAGUGAAAUUAGCGUUACUCAUAAUAUACCUUUACUGCGUGAGGUUAUUGGAAGCGAGAGAUUCCAAUCUGGCAAAAUAACCACUAAAUUCCUCGCAGAGGAAUAUCCCGAAGGUUUCCAAGGUCACGUGCUCAAUCAACAAUCACUUUUCCAUCUUGCGUCAGUCGCUGCUUUAGUUCAUGCUAAACGGGAUGUAAGAAAUUGGUGUUGGGGUGAAGGAAAGGAGGCCUUAUUAAAAGGCACCUUAAGCGGAAAAACUCCACACACUUGGGAUCUUUGGGUUAAAGUAAAAACCGGAGAAGGUGGUUUUCAAAAUGUACCUGUACGAAUUGAACGAAAGCACAAAAGCUUACAAGACAAAGAUGAAUUUUUGAUAAAAACUCUUGAUCAACCUCCAACCACGGUAUUCUCUAAUUGGCCUAUUGAAUCUCCAAUAAUUAAUGCUCAUUUUCAAACUCCGGAUAAAACUGAAGAAGUAUUAACCGUACAAUACAUAGAUCCUUUACCAGUCGGUUUCCGGCUACAAUACAAGGGGACUAAAUUCGAUAUUACAAUUCACACCCAAAGACAGCAUGAAUUAUCGCAAUAUAUGAUCGAGAAACCUAAAGCAGAUUUGACCAAAGUAAUAUUAGCUCCUAUGCCUGGGAGUGUAGUAAGCUUGGCGGUUAAAGUUGGUGAUGAGGUAAAUGAAGGAGCUGAACUUGCAAUAGUGGAAGCCAUGAAAAUGCAAAAUGUAUUAAAGGCUGCUCGACUCGGCAAGAUAAAAAAGGUCAACGUGAAACCGGGAGAUGCCGUGGCUACUGACGAGGUCAUAAUAGAAUUUGAAGACUGA